UGUGAGAAACGCUGCGCCUAUUCUCCGAGUAGUUCUGAAAGGAGCACGAGGGGUAAAGACCACAUCUAUAAAGACGACUCCCUUCAAACCCCUGGAACUGUGACUGUCCUGAGGAGAACACUCCCCUCACACAUAUUCACCAACGGACCGUGGAGGUGUGAGAAGAGCCGUGGAGAGGAGCAGCUGACGCGAAACAGACGAAGCACAACGAGGAAGAGAGUAAAAAGGAGAGGGGGAGGAGAAGAUGGAGGCCUUGCUUCCUGUGUUGCAGCGACACCCUGGACUGUCUGUGUUGGUGUGGGCUCUGAUGUUCCGGGUGGCCCACCGACUACUACAGAAUCUGCCUGUGCCCAAAGCGGUGGCGGUGGAUGACUUCCGCUCCUGGAAGUGGAGGAACCUCUCGGUCUCUAUGGUCCACUCCCUCCUGACAGGGACUUGGGCUGUGACCUGUGUGAUCAUUUCGCCUGAGUUGGCAACCAACAUUCACUCCUUCUACACGGCCCCGGCCUACAUGCUCAUCUGCAUCUCAUCAGGAUACUUUGUACAAGAUGCAGGUGACAUCAUUCUAACUAGACAUGCAAGAGGAUCCUGGGAGUUCUUAAUUCAUCAUGUUCUGGUGCUCUGGUGCUUCCUGUAUUCUCUGUACUCGCACCUCUACGUGGCCGGUGCUGUGGUGGCUCUCUUUGUGGAGGUUAACAGUGUCACCCUGCAUUUGAGGCUAAUGCUGAAGCUAGCAUCACAGCAGUCGUCCCCUCUGUACCAAAUCAAUAAGUUCCUCAACCUCUUCACCUACAUCGUCUUCCGCCUCAGUGCACAGUUCUACCUCACAUAUUACAUCGUCCAGAACUACUCCUGGAUGGACAAAGGAGGCUACUUCCUGGUUACCAUGACCCUCAUGAACACCAUGAUCCUGAUCUACUUUUAUCGUCUUCUCCGCGCCGACUUCUUCCCCCGGAGCAGGGCUCACAUGGAGCAAAAUGGCACCCACAACAACGUCAAAAAGUUCCUCACUGAAUGACACCGAUAGUGACAUGACCAUAUACCAGAUAUUGUGUUUGGUGUGUUUGUUCGGUUACACAUCUCAUCGCAUUGUGUCAAGCUGUGACUUCAUUAUUAUUAUUAUAACAACAAAAUGGCUCGCGUUGUAGUGAGAGGCGACCAGGAAAGGAUGUGGACAGUGGUACGUGCCCUAUAGUGAUGAUUAUGCCCACUGUGGCUGAAGAUCUCACACUAACAGGGCAGCAUACAGUGAGAGACUGGUCUGUUAACACUGACAGGGAUAAUCCUACUAAAUUACUUCCAGGAUACUGUGCCACUUUUGCUUCUGAUCAUAGCUAAUACAAUUGUUUACAAUAUAGGAAUGUACAUGAUUCAAGUUCUUG